CACUAUCGAGUUUGGUCCCAUCUCUAACAGAGCAUGCUAGCAGACCAUAGCGAAAAUUUUUUUUUAAUUUAAACCGCAUUUAUUGCCACGUAAAUUGAAUUAAAAGUAGUUAGAUUGCUUCUUCGGACCACAAUGAUCAUCUACACGAACGAGGGCAAUCCAUUGGGAUUACAGCUGCAGAUACUAGCCAAGUUUGCGAAGCGCGAGGUGCAGGUGCAGUUGGUUAACCUAAAUGAUUCAAAAUACAAGCAUUUGCUGGUAUUACCCACGUUGGAGCUGGACAAUGGAUUGCAAUUAUUCUCAACGGCAGCCAUAGCCAAAUAUCUUCUAGCGGAUGAAGGCCAGCAGAGGGAUGAGUGGCUGGAAUGGUCGACCACAUUACUGGCUCCUGCUUUGGCCCAUCACAUGGGUGUGGGCCAUAAGGCCGAUCCCAAUGCCUUGCCUGUGCUUAAUGGACUGGUAAAGAAACUGGAUGAUCAUUUGAAAUCAUCACCAUAUUUGGCUGGCGAUAAAAUAACAUCAGCCGAUUUGGCUGUCUGGUCACUGUUGGCCCCCGAUGGCACUCUCAAGGGUGCCCAAAAUGUGGAUCAUCUGAGGGAUUGGUAUGGCCGUUUGAAGGUUUUACCCGAAGUGCAGCAGGUACUGCAACAGCAGCCUCUCAAAGAUCUCAGCUUCAAUGCUCUGCAGCAAUCCAAUCGAUAUGGCGGCUUACAUCACAUCACUCUGAAGCGACCCAGUCUUGUGGAUGCUGGCAAACUCCUUGCAGAAACUGGCAACACAUUGGCCGACACCAUAACCGAUGAGGAAAUUGAAGCGGCACGAACAGCCUUCACUUAUGUGGAGCCCAAGAAACUGCUGGAGCCACGUACGGUUCUGCCCAAGGCCGGAGAACGCAAUGUUCUGAUCACUUCCGCCCUGCCCUAUGUAAACAAUGUUCCUCAUUUGGGUAACAUAAUUGGUUGCGUUCUAUCGGCGGAUAUUUUUGCCCGGUACUCCCGUUCGGCUGGCUACAAUACACUCCUAAUCUGUGGCACUGAUGAAUAUGGCACAGCUACCGAGAACAAGGCUCUGGCCGAGAAUCUAACACCGCGCGAAAUUUGUGACAAGUAUUUCGAGCUGCAUAAUGCAAUUUAUCGUUGGUUUGGCAUUGGCUUUGAUUACUUUGGACGAACCACCCAUCAGGAGCAGACAGAAAUUGUUCAAGAGGCUUUCAAGGAUGUGCACAGUGCAGGAUAUAUCAUUACGGAGAGUGUGGAGCAGUUGCUCUGCCAGAAAUGUGAUCGGUUUCUGGCUGAUCGAUUUGUGGAAGGUACUUGCCCACAUCCAGGCUGCGGCUAUGAAGAUGCACGUGGUGAUCAGUGUGACAAAUGUGGCAAGCUGGUAAAUGCCACAGAAUUGAUACGUCCACGUUGCAAGGUGUGCAACAGUGCUCCAGUAUUGCGUUCCUCGGAUCAGCUAUUUAUUGAUCUGCCCAAGGCGGAGCCCAAAUUGCGUGAGUGGGUGGACAAGGCGGACAAUGGUUGGACUCACAAUGCUCGUGUGAUUACCCGAGCUUGGCUACGUGAAGGUCUCAAGCCACGCUGUAUUACCCGAGAUCUGAAAUGGGGUAUUCCUGUGCCCCAUGCUGGUUUCGAGAAGAAGGUCUUCUAUGUGUGGUUCGAUGCUCCAUUCGGUUAUGUGUCCAUGACUAAGCGUUACACCAAGGAUUAUCAGCAAUGGUGGCAGCCAGCCAAGGGCACUGACGUCGAGCUCUUCCAAUUCAUGGCUAAGGAUAAUGUGCCCUUCCAUUCGGUGGUGUGGCCUAGUGUCCUCCUAGCCAUUAACAAGGGUCACACUUUAGUGUCCCAUAUCAUGGCCACCGAGUAUCUGAACUAUGAAGAUGGCAAAUUCAGCAAGAGUCGAGGCAUUGGUGUCUUUGGCAAUGAUGCCCAAGAGACUGGCAUACCAGCAGAUGUCUGGCGUUUUUAUCUCGCCUCGGCUCGUCCAGAGGGUCAGGAUUCGAGUUUCAGUUGGAACGAUUUGGCAGCGCGCAACAAUUCCGAGUUGCUCAACAACUUGGGCAACUUUGUGAACCGCGCCUUGGUCUUCUGUGAGAAGAACUUUAACAGUUUGGUACCAGAAGUUGUGCUUACCCAGGAUGAAUUGAUAUUGCUGGCUCUAAUCAACAGAGAGUUGCGUGGUUACAUCAACUCCUUGGAGAAGGCAAAACUACGUGAUGGUAUACGUCAUCUACUAGCCAUUUCCCGUCAUGGCAAUGGCUAUAUGCAGACCCAACAACCUUGGGUCCUGCUCAAGGGCGAUGAGACACAGAAGAAGAGAGCUGCCACGAUUAUUGGCUUGUCCGCCAAUAUAGCCUGUCUGUUAGCCAAUCUCCUGUUCCCCUAUAUGCCAUCCACUGCAAGAACAUUGUUCGAUCAGUUGAAUUCCAAGCAAACAACUCUCAAUGCCAGCAAACCUUUGGCUACUCUGCUCCUGCCAGCUGGACACAAGAUUGGAAAACCUGCACCGCUCUUUGCUAAACUGGAACAGGCCUUCAUCGAUGAGCUGAAGGGUAAAUACGGUGGAGUUCAGGCCCAAACUGAGUCAGCGAAAUCCGACCAAUUAAGUGUUGCUGAUCUAGAGCAGGCCAUCCAAGCGCAGGGUAACAAAGUGAGAGAACUUAAGGCCAGCACCAAGGAUAAAUCUGUUUGGCAGCCAGAAGUCAACAAAUUGUUGGAGCUUAAAAAGCAACUGGAGGCUGCCCAGAAAGCUGCUCCAUCUGCUGUCCAAGCACCCACUAAAUCUGGUACUCCAUCGGUGCAGGAUCUAGAAAAAGCUGUGCAGGCUCAAGGCGAAAAAGUGCGACAACUUAAAAGCAGCACAAAAGAUAAGUCUGUUUGGCAACCCGAGGUAAAUGUAUUACUUGACCUCAAAAAGCAAUUGGAGGCUGCCCAAAAAACUGCUUCGGCUGCUCCUGUUCCUGCGGCUUCAGCGCCAGCUACACCAAAUGGUGAACAGGUUAAAGCGCUGGAAAAUAAAAUCGCUCAGCAGGGCGAGAAGGUGCGGACCCUUAAGGCCAGUGGAGAUGCUACGGUUUGGAAACCAGAAGUCGAAAUUCUGUUGUCACUGAAGAAGGAAUUGGCCACACUCACUGGUGUACCAGCAGCUGCUCCGGCGCAGGGCAAAAGCAAGAAAAAGAAGUAAACAAUGGAGGAGGCGGAGAAAGAUUCAUUUCUCUUUUCAGUACACUAUUCAUCCACUUUACCUCAAAUAUUUCUAAUCAGUCAAGGACUUGCACAUUUCUAUUCAUUUUGUUUAAGUUUUUCGUUUUGCAUUAAAACAAUUCUUUGUAUUUAUUUGCUUAA